GUAGAGAUUAAAUGUCAAAGUCUCAGGCCUUCUUUUAAUCUACUCUUCACAGAUCAUAUUUUGUAUAUACUAAUAUUUAUCAAUUCCGCCAUAAUUAUGGCAUCGUCACUGUUAAGAAUAACAUCAAAGACUGCUGUGGGUUUAACAAGAUCGACAGGUCUGAAUGUACUACCAUGCAUUACGACUGGAUUAGAUAAACAGUUCCACACUUCAAGCAAGACAAAUACACUUGUUAAACGAGAUCAGAUGUCGAAUGAGUAUCCAGUCAUAGACCACACAUACGAUGCUGUUGUUGUUGGAGCGGGGGGCGCUGGUCUUCGAGCUGCUUUUGGACUUUCAGAAGCUGGCUUCAAAACAGCUUGCGUCACCAAACUAUUCCCAACGCGAUCUCACACAGUGGCUGCUCAGGGUGGCAUAAAUGCAGCUCUUGGUAACAUGGAAGAAGAUAAUUGGAAAUGGCACAUGUAUGACACAGUAAAAGGAUCAGAUUGGCUUGGAGAUCAAGAUGCAAUUCAUUAUAUGACAAAAGAGGCUCCUGCAGCAGUUAUUGAGUUGGAAAACUAUGGAAUGCCCUUCAGCAGAACUACGGAAGGUAAAAUCUAUCAAAGAGCUUUCGGGGGACAAAGUUUACAAUAUGGUAAAGGAGGUCAAGCUCAUAGAUGUUGCUGUGUGGCAGAUAGAACUGGUCACUCAUUACUUCAUACACUAUAUGGAAGGUCACUGGCAUACGACACAGACUAUUUCAUUGAAUAUUUCGCACUUGAUUUAAUAAUGGAAGAUGGUGAAUGCAGAGGAGUCGUUGCACUCAGUUUAGAAGACGGAAAUAUACAUAGAAUAAGAGCAAAGAACACAGUCUUAGCAACUGGAGGUUAUGGUCGUGCCUACUUCAGUUGCACAUCAGCGCACACAUGUACCGGAGAUGGAACUGCUAUGCUCAAUCGUGCCGGACUUGCAAAUCAAGAUAUGGAAUUUGUGCAAUUUCAUCCCACCGGAAUUUAUGGAGCAGGAUGUCUUAUCACAGAAGGAUGCAGAGGAGAGGGAGGUUAUCUUUUGAAUGCGGAAGGCGAAAGAUUCAUGGAAAGGUAUGCUCCAACAGCCAAAGAUUUAGCAUCUCGUGAUGUUGUAUCAAGAUCAAUGACGCUAGAAAUAAGAGAAGGAAGAGGCUGUGGUCCUAACAAGGAUCAUGUUUAUCUUCAACUUCAUCAUCUUCCACCACAACAACUUGCAACACGUUUACCAGGAAUUUCAGAAACAGCUCAGAUUUUUGCUGGUGUUGACGUUACAAGAGAACCUAUACCCGUACUUCCAACAGUUCAUUAUAAUAUGGGUGGAGUGCCAACAAAUUACAAAGGACAGGUCAUUAGAUAUGAUGAAAAUAAGAAAUCAGACGCCAUCGUUCCCGGUUUAUAUGCCUGCGGAGAAGCAGCAUCAGCCAGUGUACACGGUGCUAAUCGACUCGGUGCAAACUCACUUCUUGAUCUUGUUGUAUUUGGCAGAGCCUGUGCUUUAACAAUAGCAGAAGAAAACAAACCAGGAGAACAUAUUGGACAAAUUAGACCGGAUGCUGGUGAAGAAUCUGUUGCUAACCUAGAUUCUUUGCGACAUGCAAAUGGUUCCACAACCACUGCUGAUUUGAGGCUAGAAAUGCAAAAAACGAUGCAAGAGCAUGCUGCUGUAUUCAGAACAGGAGACGUUCUAAAGGAAGGAGUAACAAAGUUGCAAGACAAUUAUCAACAAAUGUCAAAUUUGAAGCUAUUUGAUCGUGGAAUGAUUUGGAAUUCGGAUCUCGUUGAAACAUUAGAAUUACAAAAUUUAAUGAUAAAUGCAAUACAAACCAUUGUCUCUGCAGAAGCAAGAAAAGAAAGUAGGGGAGCUCAUGCACGAGAAGAUUUCAAGGACCGAAUUGAUGAAUAUGACUAUAGUAAACCUACUGCGUCUCAAACCAAAUUACCGAUUGAAAAACAUUGGAGGAAGCAUACUUUGUCAUACGUUGAUGCCAAAAGUGGAAACGUCAAACUUUCCUAUCGACCUGUGAUUGACGAUACAAUGGACGAGAAAGAAUGUAGUCAAGUACCACCUGCUAUCAGAUCUUAUUAAAAUUUAUUUCGUUGUUUCAUUUUUACUUUAUUUUCGCGAUUGUUCCAGUUCAAACAUGCAAGAAUGGUGUUGGACAGCUGUGUUUUCCAUAUUCCCUUUUCUCCUGAUUUCAAAUAUUAUAUAUGACAUUUUCUAAGUUUCGAAUGCAGCUUAUUCGUCAAUAGCACAAUUUUAAACUUAAUUUUCAAAGAAUUUCUGUGUGUAUCUCUCGACAGUCUUGGGAUUUUAAAAUACCUGUGAAUAAUCAUCAAAUUUCUCAAUCUGGUUGAAUAUAUGAAAUUGAUAUUGGAUGGGGCUUUUCUUUCCUAGUAAAAUAGGUUAUUGUGAAAUUUAUAUUGUUUGGUUUAUUUAUCAAUGAAUGGUAACAUGGAGAAGUGUUGAACUUGUG